AUUAAAAUCUUUAUUUUCAUUUUUCAAAUAAUGGCUGAAUAAACUUAAGACAAACAAUUCAAAGGUGUUAAGAAGUUUACCUACAGAGGAUUAUAACUUGAAGAGCUUGUCAAAUUGCCAAUGGAUAAGUUGGUUGAGUAAUUCAGAGCAAGAUAAAGAAGAAGAAUUUCUAAUUAAGGUGAAAAAGUUCAUGCCUUCUAAAAUUUAAUGAAGAAAAUUCGUAAAUCAAAGAAAGAAACCUUACCAGGAGAAAAACCAAAACCAGUCAAGACUCAUUAAAGAAAUACUAUUGUAGUCCCAGAGAUGGUUGGAUCAAUUGUUGGAGUAUAUAAUGGCAGAUAAUUUAGCAAUGUUGAAAUUAAGUUUGAUAUGAUCGGCAGAUAUUUGGGUGAAUUUUCUUUAACCUAUAAGCCAACAAGACAUGGAAAGCCAGGAGUUGGUGCUACCAAAGGAUCUUAACACACAGAUUGAUAUAUAUUAUAUAAGUACAAUAAAUAAUGCAGACUCAUUAAUUAUUUCUACUAAUACUAUUAAUGAAUAGCAAUUAUAAAAUAAGAAUAUCGAAUAU